AUGUUGCAUAUCGUAGAUCUAGAGAUGUGUGCAAGAAAGCAUUGUGAUAGAUUUGACCUUCGCAGAAACUUGGAGAAAAACAAGUUCACAGGCUCAGUUCCGGCUCUUGACAAGAUUAGAUUUGAGAGUAUAAUUGACAAAAGCAAGCUCGAUGGUCAGCCAGAGCUCUUCAUCCCUGACAAAAACAACAAUACCUUGACUAUUAUUGAUAGUGAUUUUGGCAAUGGUGAUAUGGUGAUUCAAUUUGAUUCUUCAUUCUUUGGAGCGCCGAUGAUGCUAGAGUUGGUGGUAGUCAGAAUUUUGGAAUGA